UGAAAACAGAAAACAAUAAUGGAUCACAGCAGUUAAACAAGAAGGGUGGCAGCAUACAGAUGUCAGCGGAUUCUUUAGUGAACAUUGUCUCAGAUAGGGCAGUGGUUACACAUUUUAUUUAUUUUAAAAGUGAUGCACAUUUAGAAAAGGGUAUACCUAUCGGGUAUUAUCCGGUACCUUUUGAAAUGGUGCCAGCUGGAACCCGUUUUUACUUUUUUUUUUUGCUUUUAACAAUAAUCAAAUUACAGAAAAUGUGCAGACUUUUGCUAAAAACUUCUAAAUGUGGGGAAUGUGCAGAAGCAGCAUCACAUGUUACAGCAGACAGAGCCUGAAUGUAUAUGAGCUAUUUGCUUCUCUCUGUCAGCCUAAGUUAUCUUGACUUGAACCAUUCAUCUAUCCAUUUUCUUAAGCUUUAUCCCUUUCUUGGGGUUACCAGAGCCAUAACCCUUUACUUAAAAAACAUUUAAUUAAUUGCAAUUGGAAUAAUUUUGAAGUAAGACUUUAUACAUAUUUCCCAAUAUAAACUAUUACAUAAAACUACUAAUUAUGCUUAAACGUAUCAAAGGGUUGGGAAGCACUCCAGAGAGUAGAUCCUGUGAGAGUUAGCCUUGCUCAAUAAAAAAAGAUUUCCGCACAUUCAGCCUGUUCAGUCUGUAGUUGUAGAUGAGAAUCCACCAGUGGUGUAAGGAGUUGUGACGGUAAUGAAAAGGAGUCUGCUGAACGUCUGUGAGACUGUGGGAUUUUUUACAGUUUUAGAGCUUCUGAUUGAUGAAUUUCAAAAGGUUUUCAUGGAUAACAGUUUAAAUCUUACCCACAUUACUCUGAGUGGAUAUGUGGAAAUUAGCAAAUACAGAUAUCUUUAUUUUUUCAUAAUGUUUGCAGUUUAUGUUUUGAUAAUAUGCAGUAAUUCUGCGAUUGUUUACAUCAUCUGCAGUCACAGAGACCUCCAUAAACCCAUGUACGUUUUCAUUGCUGCACUGUUACUGAACUGUUUCACUUAUAGCACCACUGUUUAUCCCAAACUUUUGAUAGACUUCCUGUCUGAAGAGCAAACCAUCUCUUAUUCUGCCUGCCUCCUGCAGUUUUUCACGUUUUACUCUGUUGGUGGUUCAGAGUUUUUACUGCUUGCAGCCAUGGCCUACGACAGAUAUGUGUCUAUAUGUAAACCUCUGAGAUACGCAGCUAUCAUGACCAAAAAAAUUGUGACAGCUUUGCUCAUUUUAGCAUGGACUGUUCCUCCUCUACAUAUUUCAGUUUUGACAAUACUAAAUGCUGAAGCUAAAAUCUGCAAGUAUGAUCUUAAUGGAAUAUUUUGUAACAACACAAUGUACAAAAUUUACUGUUUGAGCUCGAGGUCUGUGACUGUGAUUGGUGUAGUAGCUUUAGUAGAUCUUGUGAUCCUUCCUAUGCUCUUUACAGUUUUUACAUAUGCAAAGAUAUUUAUCAUUUCCUAUCAAAGCUGUAAAGAGUUCAGAAGAAAGGCUGCAGAGACCUGUUUCCCUCACCUGCUGGUUUUAGUUAGUUUCUCCUGCUUGGUUUUGUAUGAUGUUAUUAUAGCUCGAGUGGAUUCAGAUAUUCCAAAAAUUGCACGAUUAAUUAUGACAUUGCAAAUAAUUCUCUAUCAUCCUUUAUUUAACCCAUUCAUUUAUGGGCUCAAAAUGAAAGAAAUAUCUAAACACUUAAAAAGGUGUCUACGUUGA